AUGAAGGUUGCACCACUCUGGGCCAUCGUUGGCCUCGCCAGCGCCACCAACACUUGGAGCGACUGGGGCAGCAGUGCAGCAGCUACUACAACGACGACAACAUCUACGACUCCUUCACCUACUUGGUCGGACUGGACCAGCUCAAGCAGCACGACGACGACGACGACGACCACCACCACCACCACCACCGUCGAGUCAUCCUGGUCUGAUUGGACCACCACCACAAGUGCAACCCCCGUUGUUGAAACCAGCACGACCGUCUGGAAUGAUUGGACCACUACGACGAGUCCUGCGCCCGUUAUUGAAACCACUUCGACCGUUUGGAACGAUUGGACUACGUCGACAGCCCCGGCUCCAGCGCCCGUCUCAUCCUCUUCUGUUUGGAACGAUUGGACAAGCAUCGCCGAGACUUCAUACGUCCCUGCUCCCGUUGAGAGCACCCCAUCGCCAGUCGCGAGUUGGAACGAUUGGACAAGCACCGUUGAGACUUCGUACACUCCUGCUGCCGUUGAAAGCACGCCAGCUCCAGUCGCCAGUUGGAAUGAUUGGACAAGCACCGUUGAGACUUCGUACACUCCUGCUCCCGUGGAGAGCACACCAGCGCCAGUCGCGAGUUGGAUCGCGAGUUGGAGUGAUUGGACAAGCACGGUCGAGACUUCUUAUGUCCCUGCUCCCGUUGAGAGCACUCCGUCUCCUGUCGAGACCUGGCCGGAUUGGAGCAGUACCGUUGCAACGCCCUACGUCCCUGUCGAGACGAGCAGCAGCGUCUGGUACAGCAGCGUUGCUCCCGCUAGCUACACCGCACCUCCAGUUGCCACCUAUACAGGUGCUGCCAGCAGCAACGGCAAGCCUGCUAUGGCCAUGGUCGCCGGCAUUGUCGGUUUGGUCGCCCUCGCCUAA